AUGAAAGACAAACAAGAUGGCCUCUUUAAAAAAGGCGAAGCAUUUGUGGAACGAUUCUGUCGGUUGAAAGGAAACAUGCUAUUUUAUUUCAAGAACAAGGAAGUCACUAAUGCAGAUCCACUAGGUGUGUUGAUUAUUGAACGGUGCACUGUAGAAUUAGAUCUUGAUGAAGAACACUUACAUGGUUUCAUGUUGGUGUAUGAAGGUGAAGAAAAUCCAAUCCAUUUUGCAACUAACACAGAAGAGGCCCGUGAUCAGUGGAUACAAACUCUUCAUAUUGCCAGCUAUGAGUGUUUAAAAAUGCAGCUCCAAAGUCUUAGAGAGCAGUUGGUCAGUAAAACUGGACAUGACCCUCUUGACAGGAUGCCACAGCAGGAUAUCUCCUCAGAAAGUGCAGCAGAUUUAUCUGGUGAAGAACCUUGUGUGGAAAUAUGUAUUGCUGCCAAAGACUUGCCAAAUGACCGCACUGGACAACCCCCAAAUCCUUUUGUUAUGAUUACUACCCUCACACCCCCACAACAAGCCUGGACACUUAAUAGCCACACUGAAAUCAUUGAGAGAAGCAAUGCUCCACAGUUUUUGAAAACUAUUGGUUUUGGGACCAACAUUAAACUGUCUACUCAAGUAAAGUUCACAGUAUAUCAUGUGAAUGAGAGGAUGACCAAUACUAUGUCUCAGCUUGGCUAUGCACUGUUUGACAUGAAAAACCUGUUGUCUCGACCUGAUAAAAAGCUACAGCUGACUUUGACAUCUCCAGACUCUACUCCUGCUGGGCAGAUUCAGAUUGUUGCUUGGCUUCAUGAUGAAACCUUGCUGAGUGAACAACCAUCCCGAGAUUCGGUGCUCAGCUGUAAUGAACGUUUACAGAAUCGUGGGCUUGGAGAAUUGAAGCUGAUAUUUUGUAAUCCAAUAAAAAAGACAUUUCGCUUUGACACUAACAAAGCCAGGAUGCAGCUGUUUGUUCAAGAAGUAAUGUCAGAAUUUAAAUGGAACUACACACUGCCAUUACAAAUCCUGAAGCUUUUCAUAGAGGAGGAAAGAGAAAGAAUCAACAUGCUUCAAGACUUGGGGGAGUUGGUGGAAGUUCACAACCGCUGUCGACAGGAGUGUCUGGACUUCCACAUGAGUUCAGUUAGUAUGUACUCCCAGAGCAUUCGUGGCCUGUCAGCGUCGACAUCGAGCCAGCAAGAAUCUUUGUUUCGGGCCAGUAGCACCAAGUUUGACAAACAGUAUGAAUUUGUUCCAAUUAAUUUGCAUCUCCAGAGAAUGCAGUUAAUUGAUGAAAAUACAAAUACCACUUGCUGCUAUGAUUCUAUCACCCAUGGUUCCUUCGCAGCUUUUUCACAAAAAUUCAAAUCUGGUGGCCUCUUGCGUUUGUUGGAUGAGCUUCCUAUGCGAGGUACUGCAGCCGAAUUAAAAGAGGCUAUGGAACAACUUAAUGCUAAGGUGAAGGAAUUGGUAAAAGUCUGUGACAGUCCAAUAUUUAAUGAAGCCUCAGCUCAGCAUAUGCGUGCAAGAACUGAAGCUUCCACUUUUGCAAUGGGCAUGAAACUUACUUCCCAAAAUCAAUUGACCACAAUACCCGUUAACAGCACCACAUCAACAGCUGCUGCUGCUGCAGAUUCUAUUGCAUCUUCUUCCACUGCUGCUUCUACUGCUUCUGCUGGACCAAGUACAGCAGAUGGAAAAGCUGUUGACAGUAAUAAUUGGCGUUGGACUGGCAGCAACUUUGUGCGUAGCCCUACCAUAGAGCCUUGGGAUAUGUCCUGUGUAAAUACAGAGGCUGCUGCCAUGUGUCUGAUGUCACUUGUGGAGGAUCUCAUCCAGAAUAAGAAUAAUCCAAUGGAUAUUCCAAAAUGGCUCAGUGAGAUUAGCCCCAGGGUUAUUGAAUUACAAAAAUUCAUUGAGAUUCUUUUCAAGAGGGCGAAUCUCUCAAUGACUUUCUUACUGCUGUUGGAAAAUCGUGAGCACAUGCAUAUGCUCCAGACAAUUAAAUACAGACGAGACAUUGCUUUUUGCCAUGCAGUGACUGUAGCUACGGCAGGUUUUGUAGCCAAAAUUUAUGACAAUCUGGAAAAUGAACAGUUUUUAAAGCAGCUGUGUGAAGUUGGCAUUUUGCUACACUUUGAAGGGUUGUUGAGUUGUUAUACAGAGGAAAUGGGAAUGAUAGAAGAUAUGUCAAUUGCCGUUGAGGACCUAAGCAAUAUCAAAUUUAAGUUGAUAUGCAAAAAUGAUGUUCAGGACUUGAAACCGUCCCUGGAAUUGACAGAUUUUGUUAAAGAAGGACGAUAUCCUGAUAUGAAUAGGCAUUCCAUCAUUAUUUGUGUCCCACUGUUGUCAGCUAUAUUUGACAAACUCCCAAGUAAGUUAAAAUCUGGCCAUCACAUCAAUGUUAGUCCUGUUUAUUUCAACAUUGGGAUCAAUGAACUGGCAACUCUUGCGGAGAAAUUUGGCAGUACAGCUCUUCAGGAGGACAUAAAUAAGAUGGGAUUGAAAAAAAUAAAUGACUACUUUGAAAUCUACUGCAGAAUUAUGGGUGACCCAGACAGCAAUCAAAGUGGUAUUAUGACAGGGCGCCUAACUGAUCUUAUCAGACAACUGCAAUACAAUGUGCUGUCAAAAAAAAGUAAGAAUGUCGAUGUUCUUCAUAUAUCUGCUGAAAUUACCAGAAAAUUGAAUGGUGUUCGUUUCAUUUGCUGCAAAAGUGGUAAAGAUCGAACAAGUAUGUCAACUACACUUGAACAAGUCCAACUUCUUCAAAGAGAACAUGACCUGGCUCCUCAUGUUUUUAUGCAAGCAUUGGAUUGCUUUCGGAGUGAAGGAACUCGUCGAGAGAAUACAGUCAAGAACACUGGCGUUCGAAAAUAUCAUUUUAACACCAUUCAGCUGAUGUAUAUCCCACGGCAGUAUCGAGCACCUCGGGGGACUUAUGGACAAUCACAAGGCUAA